AUGUGGACUUCGACUGCAGUUAAGGCUUAUAUGGGAAUUAUAGCUCAUUAUAUAGAUAAAGAUUGGCAGCUCCAACAAAAAACUUUAGAUUUUGUUGAAGUAGAAGGUUCUCAUACAGGCGCAAAUCUUGCAAAUGAAGUAAUUAAUAUAUCUCUUAAAAAUAUUGUAUUAUUUUUAAAACGAUUCACUAAACUUUCUACUAAAAUGUGUUCUUCUACAUAUUUGACAAUUAGUGCAGCAUAUUCUAUAUAUAAUUAUCUUAUGGAUCAUUAUGAAAAAAGAAUAAAUGAUCAAGCCUGCGAUAAAAUAUCAGAUGUGGCAAAAGCAGCAUGGAAAAAGCUUCAAGAAUAUUAUAAUAAAACUUUGGAAUCUUAUCAUUAUAUUUUCACAAUUCUUGAUCCCCGUUGGAAGAUUAAAUAUUUUCAAACUUGGGCUAAUGAUAAUUAUGAUCAAGUUUAUUAUAAAGAUGCGAAAAAUUUGUAA